AUGCCUAAUAUUCCUGCUAAUGCACGAUGGGCACAGAAUGGUGUGACUGUUGCUGGAGGCAACGAUUUAGGCAGUGCUAACAAUCAACUCUACGAGCCUCACGGUCUAUGCAUUGAUGAUGACCAAACAGUUAUUAUUGCUGACUACGGAAACAAUCGUAUCAUCGAAACGAAGAAAGGUGAUCCGAAUGGACGUAUCGUUGCUGGUGGUAAGAGUCGAGGAAAGGAUUUAGAUCAAUUGUCUUUUCCAACCGAUGUAUUAAUCGACAAAAAGACAGAUAGUCUUAUUAUUUGUGAUAACGGGAAUCAACGAGUUGUACGAUGGUCUCGUCGUAGUGGCACAUCACAAGGAGAAAUCCUCAUUGACAACAGCGAUUGCUAUGGAUUAGCUAUGGAUGAUGAACGAUAUCUCUACGUGUCUGACUCAGAAAAACAUGAAAUUAGACGAUAUCAAAUGGAUAACAACACUGUCGUUCGCGUAGCUGGUGGCAAUGGCCCUGGUGCUGAUCUUAAUCAACUCAACGGACCAACUUAUCUCUUUGUCGAUCGACAACAGAAUAUCUAUGUGUCAGACAACAGGAAUUUUCGUGUAAUGAAAUGGAAUAAAGAUGCAACGAACGGGACUAUCGUUGCCUGUGGACAAGGCUUCAGAAAUGGUCUGACACAAUUGUUGUAUCCUAAUGGACUGUUUGUCGAUGCGUUGGGUAUUCUCUAUGUGGCAGACUCAAGGAAUGAUCGAGUGAUGCGUUGGCCUCAAGAAGCGAUACAAGGCACUGUGAUUGUGGGUGGAAAUGGUGAAGGAGAAGACACAAAUCAGUUGUACCAUCCGAUCAGUUUAUCCUUCGAUCGACAUGGCAAUCUUUAUGUCUCCGACACGAACAAUCACCGUAUUCAACAAUUUCCUAUCGAAUAA